CGCUCACAAGUCAUGUGUCUCGAGAGCGUCAACACAAGUGCAGCCAUUAUAGAGAUGGGAGAAAAAGCCAAAACGGAGUGAGCUUGGCAUCCUUCCAUUACGCACCGGAGGGCUCACAUGCCCCCCUGGAAGCAUUAAUACCCCUUGGCACAGUGGAAUGGACACACGAGGAGCAGCCGGACCCCUCUGACUAUCUACCACUUCGUUUAUCAACUUAUUUCCCUGAAUGGAGUCAAAUUCUCAUUACUGCUGCUGCCGCGCCAACACCAGACACGUCGGAGCGUUCUUUUGGAUUCGGACCACCAGGAAGUUGCAGACUCCCUCUGGUUAAGCCUUCUUUUUUGUAUUCUUUUUUUUAUUUACCCCACUCAAAAGAGGGAGGAACACUUGCACCAUGGUCGCCGUGCCCUGAGGGGAGAUGGAUUUAGAGGCAAGGGGGCUGAACGGCUCCACUUAUUUGUCCCGGAAUGAGAGCGGCACGGGACUGAGCGCCUCGGCCGGACUGUCCACUGCGCUGGCCAGCGUGCUGAUAUUUACCAUCGUGGUCGACAUCCUCGGCAACGUACUCGUCAUCCUGUCCGUGUACAGGAAUAAAAAGCUUAGGAAUGCAGGCAACAUCUUUGUGGUGAGUCUGUCGGUUGCUGACCUGGUGGUGGCACUGUACCCCUACCCUUUGGUCCUGACAGCCAUCUAUCACGAAAACUGGAUCAUGGGGGACCUGCACUGCCAGGCGAGUGGCUUCAUCAUGGGAAUCAGCGUCAUCGGCUCCAUCUUCAACAUCACAGCUAUUGCCAUCAACCGCUACUGCUACAUCUGCCACAGCCUGCAAUAUGACCGCAUGUUCAGCCUGAGGAACACCUGCUGCUACCUGGGCCUCACCUGGGCUUUCACCGCAAUCGCCACGGUGCCCAACUUCUUUGUGGGUUCAUUGCAGUACGAUCCUCGCAUCUACUCCUGCACCUUUGCCCAGACUGUUAGCUCGUACUACACCAUCUCAGUGGUGGUCAUCCACUUCCUGAUCCCGCUGCUGGUGGUGUCCUACUGCUACUUGAGGAUAUGGGUGCGGGUGAUCCAAGUGAAGCACCGGGUGAAACCGGAGCAAGGGGCCAAACUAAAACCAAGCGACGUGAGGAACUUCCUGACUAUGUUUAUGGUUUUUGUGUUGUUUGCUGUGUGCUGGGCACCAUUGAACUUCAUAGGCUUGGCAGUGGCAAUAAACCCAGUAAAAGUUGCGCCCAACAUACCCCAGUGGGUCUUUGUCACCAGCUACUUCAUGGCAUACUUCAACAGCUGCCUCAACGCCAUCAUAUACGGACUACUCAACCAAAACUUUCAAAAAGAAUACAAGACGAUUCUCCUUUCUCUGUGUGUCCCACGUUUGCUCCUGGUGGAAACCUCCAGAUAUGCCACAGAGGGCCUAAAGAGUAAACCCUCAGCUGCUGUAACAAACAAUAAUGUAGCAGAGAUAAAUGUAUAGCAGAAAUGUUGUCCUGGGGAAAACCAGGAAUCUUGUGUUCACUCAGUGCCUUUAGACAGGGUGUGUAUAAUUUCCAAGUAGUCCCUCCAUCCAUUUUCUAAGGCACUUAUUGUGUUCAUGGUCACAACACCCAAGCAAAAGGCAAACUCCAUCCUGGAUUGCACGGCAGUUAUUAACAGGGUGUUUGCGAUCAGAGCAUUGAGUGGGAAUGUAAUACACCUCAGCUGUGCUGGCGGAUCACCCAAAGUCUGGAAUACAAUAAGUAUGUUUUUGUUUUUUAAAUCUCAUCUCUGCAUGUCCACAUCACAUGUGCUAUUGACUCACUGCAUUUUUCAGUCAGAUCCAUUAUGAGCAUGUCAACAAAUAAUAAUAGUAAAAAAGAAAACAAGUGUGUUUUCUAUUGCACUGUUCCUUGAUCUUUAGAGCAACUUUAAUGAUAAAUAAGAGUCACUUUUGUUAAGUGAAAGCCUUUAUCCAGCCAAUGUGGGAUUCCAACUGAAACCUUUUCAUUCAACACUGAGCUCAUAUCCCAAGGAGUACACACUUAGUUGGAAUGUAGUGUCCAAGAACAUUAAAAGUGGGAUCUGCAAUUACUGAAUAGAGGACUGAUGUAGCCGGCAUGGUGAACGACUGGUUAGCACAUCUGCCUCACAGUUCUGGGGACCGGGGUUCAAAUCCCGGCCCGGCCUGUGUGGAGUUUGCAUGUUCUCCCCGUGCCUGCGUGGGUUUUCUCCGGGCACUCCGGUUUCCUCCCACAUCACAAAAAACAUGCGUGGUAGGUUGAUUGAAGGGUCUAUGUUCCCCGUAGGUGUGAAUGAGUGCGCGAAUGGUUGUUUGUUUAUUUGUGCCCUGCGAUUGGCAAUGACCGGUUCAGGGUGUACCCCGCCUCCCGUCCGAAGAUAGUUGGGAUAGGCUCCAGCAGCCCGCGACCCUGGUGAGGAUAAGCGGUGAAGAAAAUUGAUGGAUGGAGUACUGAUGUAUUACUUAAUCUUCUAUGCAUAUAAACGUGGAAUGGAAGCCUCUUUUUCACUGAGAAUGUAGACUUCAUUACUUAUACUUCAUUACUUAGACUGUUAGACUCUUGUGGCUCCAAUCCAUUAUAAAAAUGCAUGUCUUGCUAUAAGUAUAAUCCCUGAAAUGUUCUAAUUCGAUUGUAACACUGAGUUUAUUUAACUGUUGAAAAUUAAAUUCCUCAGGGUUUUGCUCAAGAAAGGAAAGAGCAGAUGUUUAGACAAAGCAUACAUUCAUGGUUAUUAAAAGUCAAACACAGUGGCAUGAUACGCAUCAGGGAGCCAGUAGUGUGAUCGCAUGAUAAUGCAUAAUUUCCCAACAAUCUUAUCUACGUUUCAGCUCACAGAAAGUCCCAAAGAUGUCUUACAUAUGUGACUGAAAUCAAACUGGGGAUAUUUGUAGAUGCAGUGAUCGGAUAAUGCCGACGUGACUCAAACUGUGGAGGCGCUGUCACAUCGCAGAGCAGCAAAAUGGCCCAAACCUGCGCAUACAAACAUACGAGACAGCGUCUCUGAUGUGUAAAGAAACAUCCAACACGCCAGUGGAAGGUCAGCCACAGAUGAGUAGCUAAAGGUGCUCCAGGGAGGAUGACGGCCUUCGCUGUACCACACCAAAGAGUCACGAACUAUUCUUCCCAUAGGAACAAAUGGGGAAAAAAAAAUGUUCAUUGGUCAAACUCUAGCCAGUGUAAAGCCUUUAUUAACUGAACAGGUAAUGUUUUAAAUGAGAUCCCAGACGGUGCAGUCAAUCCAUAUGUGCCUGUGUUUGACUGUCUACUAGUUCAGAGUGUAGUCUGCCUUUCGUCCAAUGUCAGUUGCUAUAGGCUCCAGCUCCCCGUGACCCUGGACAGGCUAAGCGUUAUUGAAAAACGAUAGAUGGAUGAUAGAUGCUUUAAAUUAGAUAAUCAUAUUCUUAACGGUCACACAUGUAUGAAAACAAUUACUAUAAAUCACUGUGAUUUUAAUAUAUGAACACAAUAAAAUACUCUACAAACAAUCAGCCAAAUGAGGAGAAGGAUGCAAUUAAAGUUGCGGGUUUAAAAUUAACUGUCAUACGUGUAAAAAAAAAAAAAAAAUUAAUAAAAAAAAUUCACAAUUCAAUAUAAAAAUUUAAAACAACAAAUGUUUUGAUAAUAACCGACCAAAUGUAUAGCACCUGGCCAGUUAGUCAUGGGGAAAAAAACCCCCAAAAACAAAGAAACAGCUGAACAUGCAAUGAGUUCAUGCCUUGAUGCUAGAUGCAAUUGGGGUUUUGUUCUGAAUUGUACAACCUUUGGAAUGUUGGAAUUUUGGUCUUAUGGUAUUACACAAAUACAGUAAAUUGUUUGGCUCAGUGCUGUGCAGUAAGUCGUUUUUUGAGUAUUUACUGUUCAAAGUUGUGAAGAGUAUACCAAAAUAAUUGAACUGUACACUACCACUUUUUGGUUUCUGAUUGGCAGGAACACAAUGGGAAAAACACAAUUUCUCAAAUAAAGCUUGUUUUGUUCUUGUAAUAAAGAAGAACACAAAAGUUGGAUGUCCUUCAUUGCUGUCCUUUCUCUUCCUCUUUGCUACUUUGUGAUACAUGCCAGAUCAGCCAUAUUAAGGUGUACCAUUCCAAAAACCACUUUAUCCAGCUUAUAGUAUUAUUAUUAGAACUAUGUUUGUUCAUUGUACCAUUAUAGGUCAGGGUCUGCCUGUGAUUAAACAUAUGUGACCCUACAGCAUGAAACCGAUCGGAAGGUGCAAAGCCAUAUUUUGAGCAACUGUGUAUACAGUACAUUUGCUGAA